CACAGAUCUCAGCUGACGUCGCUGGGAUGCUUAAAUGGAGUGAGGUGCAAUGUGUUAUUAUUAAAUUAUGACGGACAUGACUGAACUGCGUUAAGGGCACGUUAUUUUCCGUAAAUAUCGCAGACGUUCAUAUUGAGUUUGCAGCCAUGGAAAUGGAUGAGGUAAUACGUCUUUUAUUUGGGUGGGACAUUGACAUGUCUGAAACAAGCAAUACUGAUCCUUCUUCAUCAUCAUCAGAACGUUCAAAGAAGUUGAGAUGUUUGGAAUAUGCCCACCAUCGGGUAAACAGAGCAAUGGAAGGGUUGGAUCCACUGCAGGGCAAGCAAAUGUGGCCUUCAGAUACAAGAAAAGGAAGGUUAGGUCAUGCUGCAGUGCGUUUUGAUAUUACUUCAAACGUUGGACAGUCUGCACUUAGCUUAGAUCGACUGAGUGUUGCCUCUCAAAGCAACUUCAGCACCGUUCGAGCCAAUACUUGCGUUUUUAGAGGUAGAUGGCAGUAUGAAGUGCAGUUGGGUUCGAAAGGUGUCAUGCAGAUUGGAUGGGCUACCAUUGGUUGUAAAUUCUCCCAGGAAACUGGUGUUGGGGACACAAUCAAUUCCUAUGCAUAUGAUGGGAAUCGUAUUUGUAAAUGGAAUAUUUCAACACAGAAAUAUGGAGAGGAGUGGAUUGGUGGGGACAUCAUAGGAUGUACAAUUGACCUAGAUUCUUCCAAGCUGGAAUUUUACAGGAAUGGGAGGACCAUGGGAAAAGCCUUUGAUUGCAUUCACGUUGGCCCUGGAAUGGCAUACUUUCCUGCUGUGAGUCUCGGUUUCAAAGAAAGUAUCGUAGCAAACUUCGGUUCAACGCCAAUGAGGUACCCAGUUCCAGGUUUUGAGCCCAUUCAACAAGCCCCAUUUCGUGAUCUGGCCAAGGCAGAAAAACUAAUCGUAUGGUUGUCACAGCUUCUCAGAUUAUUCGAGUAUAAAGAUGAGAUCUUGGGCCAAGAUGCAUCCCAGUCUGAUGAGUCCAUUAGCAACCAGGCCUUUUUGAUGAGGCUUGCUCAGAUGCUUCUCCACCACCUGGCCCCCUUACUUCUGUCCCCCUACAUUAUCGAGGCCUGCUUUGUGCCGCUCCUCGAGAGUCUCUGUAAAGUCACAUCAGUGUCUGGGCUGUCCAUGAACGAAACUCCAGAUGGCAAGAAGCAUCGACUAAUGCUCUUUCUGGACAUGAUGUUUGCAUUUCUAGAGGAGCAUGAGCUGAAGAAAUCCCUGGAGGGUAUCAUCGUUUGUUUGCUGACUAGGUUCCGACAGGUGUCCUCCUCCCUUGAGUAUAGACAACAGAAACAGAGCCUUCUGCUCCUCACAUGUCUUGUGCAACACACUCGAACCAGGCAUCACCUACUUGAGAAGAUCCUUUUUGGCGUAGUUAGGUUUAACAGCUUUCUUCAUGUGAAGCCUGUGGAUGGGAGCUGCGUGGCAGACGUGGCUCAUGUCUGGUGGGACAGCAACAGUGUAGACCAGACAGUGGAACAGAAUAAGGCUGCUUAUUUUGUGGCGUGUCAGAAAAUCCAGGAAGCCGUAGCAAGUGUGGAAGCCCUGCAGGUGGAACUGUUGAAAAUCCUCCUGGACAACUCUGAUGGUACCCCCAUGCAAGCAUCAUCCAGGAAGAUAUUUCUGCGUAACUUCCGUGAAUUUCUGCAUGAAAAUGUCCUAUCUAAUCCGACUCAACGCCCAGUAACACUUUGCUGUAUUUAUCGUCUACUCGUUACCUUCCAAGCUCUGUGGGAGUGUGAGGUGGGGGAAUACCCGAUUGUGAUCCCAGCACGAACAUUUUAUGAUGGUUCAGUUAACUACUACAACAUUGACCGUCUGGGUGGUGUGCUGUCACAUCUUAACAGGACUCUAAGGGUCCAACUCAUGCAAGUGCUAGGGGCAGAUCACCCUGUCAUCACCACCGUGGAGCUACCAAGAAGCCUUAUGCGGGACUUAGAUAAUGCUCUUGUGGGAUUCUUGCUAGAGGGAGAAGAAAAAUGUGUGUCUCUGGAUGCUGCAGCCUCUCUCGUUGAACUUCUGGAUGGAGUGAUUCUGUUGUAUUAUGUGGAAGCCCAUAGACACCUUAGCAAGGUGAGCACUCUGUGUAAAAGUAUGGGUGAAUACGUUACCGCUCUAGGUACUGUCACGGCAAGAUUGGAGACAUACAAGCGCCACUCUCUUGACAUGCCACCUGAAAUUAUACAAGAGCUGGAGAAAUCUUGUUGUGUGUUCAGGCAGAAGUUGAGUGAGCAGGCCCGACACAUGGCAUGGGUCCGUGCUGUUGUAUGCUCAGAUGACAAACAGAGUCAGCUGGCGUGGCUGUUGCGAGUGGUCCUACACACUGUGAAGCAGGCCUCGCAAGAAGGACAACUGUUUGCAUAUGUACCCAUUUUUUACUUACACUCACUUAUUGAAAUAUGUGCUGCCCUUCGCACCUAUAUACAUCCAGCGGCCCCUCUAGAAAAUGUACAAGGUUAUGAAGAUUUGCUUAUUGAGGUGUCUCAGUUCCUUUGUGACCAUUUCUCCGAUCCAAGGAUUGUACAUACCGGUUCCAAAGAUGCAUUGAUACAAGCAUUGGCCAGUUUCAUUUGUAGUCCAAACACUCUGCUAUCUUUAGAGAGUGUUCCAUAUACCAGCCGCAUGACUAUGGUUCGGGCAUUGCUUCGUCCAUAUGAGAGCCGGGCUUGGGCACAGAGCAACUGGGUUCUAGUCAGAAUUUGGCAAGGCUGUGGAUUUGCCUUCCGGUACCACAAAUCUCCACACCUUCUCAAGAAACAUGGCCCCAGACCGCUUCAGGCGGACUCCAGUCUCAUCAGCCAGUCCAUACAGCCUUGCCCAUCAUAUCUGUUCCAAUGUCAUGUGAAGGAGGUGAUGAUGUCAGAUGAACGUGUUACCACAGCAUUCCUCAACUCUGUGCUGAACCAGCUGAACUGGGCGUUCUCCGAGUUCAUUGGCAUGUUGCAAGAGAUUCAGAACGUUUCCAUUCGCCCUCAGCGAGUAUUCAUCGAGUCAAGACAACUAAAAAUUUGUGCCACAUGCUUUGAUCUCACGUUAGCGUUGGUACGGGUACUUGAGAUGGUGGCAAGCAUUGCGCCGGAAAUCUUCACAGAUGUAACAAGAAGUUCCUCAGAAGUGCUGCUAGGUCGCCUUUGCCAGGUGCUCUGUCAGGUCCUGAACCGCGUCAGCUCGCAGACCAGCUGCUUCCAGCACGUCAUAACUCUGGAUAUCCCUGACUUGGAAUCGGUGGACCACUUCCCAAUCCUUACUGCUGUUGUGGGAGUCCUGUUGGCUCUUCUGCUUGACGACAUGCAGGAGUUUGAUGUUAAUGUCAGUAAAGUGCCCAGGGUCACCAAAGCCGUCCUGAUUGAGCCGAGUUUCCAGUUGGAAUCAAUAUGUUUUGUCCUUGGUGAUGUGCAGAAAGGGUUAAUACUUAAAAAAGUGAAGCCUUUCUCUUUCUACAACUAUUCAGACGAUGUGAGCAUUGCAGAGAUCGAGAAUGUGAAGAAAAUGAUUCAGCUACUCAGCUUUUACCAAGGAAGGCUGUCGGAUGCUGGGGUUAUAUCUGAAGAUGAAAUCUGUACAAUUUGCUAUGCUUCUCCGAUCUCAGCCAUCUUCAAACCGUGUAACCAUCAUUCGUGCAGAACUUGCAUUGCCCAUCACCUGAUGAUUUCAAGAGCCUGCUUUUUCUGCAAGGAACCCGUUCAGUUUGUUAUUGGCCUGGAUGACACAGUACUCCCUGAUUUAUCAAGACUUGGAACCCAAUCAAGUUAAAGCAGAUUUGAUGGUGGUUCAUGGAAAAGUCAAGGUGGUGGCCAGUACAACAGUGGAGGCGGAAAUUGAAGCAAUGAUGACUUUGGUGUCUGUAUAACGCAAAUCUGAGAGAUGUAUUUCUGAAAAGUGCCUAAUUCACAUAUAAGCAAUUAUCUUUUUGCCUGUAGUCUAUUUUUAGGCACUAUCUUAUGAAAAUUAAGUGUUAUCAAGGAUUCCCCUCAGUGGACCAUCAGACAUAUAAGUAUUUAUAGGAUUAUGUACAUUUUGUAUUAGCAAUUAAGAAACUGUAGUGUGCUGAUUGUAAGAAGAAAUGUACUGUGAUAAACUGCUGAGUCUGUUUCUUGUGAUUUUACUGUGUACCUCAUUCCUGUGGUUUUAUUUGUAUUCAAAUGAACACUGCUGAGACUACUUUACAAAGAAGGAAUGUACUUAACUCUUAAUUAUUCUUGCUUCUUCAGAAAGAUUAGUAUUAUAUAAGAUUUAAUGUU